CAUUUAUCCAACCCACUUCUAUCUAAAGGUUGUAAUUCAGCAAUCUUGAUACCACCAAUUAUUGCCCACAUCCCCAGACAAGAUGGAUUCAACCAAGCUUAGCAAGAAGAGGAAACUCAAGGAUGCAAGCGGCGAUAAAGUGUCCAAGAAGUCAAAAACACCCUCUUUCAAGACGCCUAAGUCAAAGAAGUUGAAGCGAGUCGCCGAACCCUCGAGCGACGAACCCGAGCCGGAAGAUGAGGCUGAGAUUGAAGGACGGAUUGAAGAACAAAUUGAAGAACAGAUUGAAGGCCAGAUUGAAAAACAGGCCGAGGAGCAAAACGCAAGCGACUUGGAAGGUAGCGGCUUGGAGGAUGAUGUUGAAGAAACAUCCGAAUUGAACAAGAGAGUAGAAGCAGCCAAUGCCGAAGAUGACGAUGCUGGCCAAAGUAACCAGAACACCGACUUACCUACCGACAGCGCCAUCUCGGCCCUACAGAAUGCCAUAGGUUCCGAUGCCCAGAACUUUGCCGACUUGAAUCUAUCCGAGAAGACGACGAAGGCUAUCAAGGAGGAUAUGGGCUUCGAAAAGAUGACUACCAUACAACGGAGGGCCAUCCCACCCUUGCUCGCGGGCCGCGACGUGCUCGGCGCCGCAAAGACUGGAAGUGGGAAGACUUUGGCUUUCUUGAUUCCUGCCGUUGAAAUGCUGAGCGCUCUUCGAUUUAAGCCGCGAAACGGAACUGGUGUUAUCGUUGUCUCUCCCACCAGAGAGCUGGCUCUACAGAUAUUCGGUGUCGCGCGCGAACUGAUGGCGCAUCACUCCCAAACCUACGGCAUAGUCAUCGGGGGAGCAAAUCGUAGAGCUGAGGCCGACAAGUUAUCUAAAGGAGUGAAUCUUAUCAUUGCGACCCCAGGAAGGCUUCUGGAUCACCUGCAAAAUACCCCCUUCGUCUUCAAGAACUUGAAGUCCCUUAUCAUCGACGAGGCCGACCGGAUAUUAGAAAUAGGGUUCGAAGAUGAGAUGCGCCAGAUCAUCAAGAUAUUACCCAACGAGGGUAGACAGACCAUGCUCUUCUCCGCCACCCAGACGACCAAGGUCGAAGAUCUCGCCAGGAUUUCCCUGAGGCCGGGUCCUCUUUACAUAAACGUUGACGAAGAGAGCGCCAGCUCUACAGUUGCCGGACUUGAGCAGGGCUACGUUACGUGCGACGCCGACAAGCGAUUCCUUCUUCUCUUCUCAUUCUUGAAGCGAAAUCUGAAGAAGAAAGUCAUCGUCUUCUUCUCCAGUUGCGCGAGCGUAAACUAUUACGCCGAACUUCUCAAUUACAUCGAUCUGCCUUGCCUCUCUCUUCACGGGAAGCAGAAGCAGCAGAAGCGGACGAACACGUUCUUCGAAUUCUGCAACGCCAAAACCGGCAUUCUUCUAUGCACAGACGUGGCUGCUCGUGGUUUAGAUAUCCCAGCAGUUGAUUACAUAGUGCAAUUCGAUCCGCCUGACGAUCCCCGCGAUUACAUUCACCGGGUCGGUCGAACCGCGCGCGGCGCAAACUCCAAAGGCCGCAGUCUCCUCUUCCUGCAGCCUCACGAACUCGCCUUCUUGUCCCACUUAAAGGAAGCCAAGGUACCGGUGCUCGAGUAUGAGUUCCCGGCGAAGAAGGUGCUCAACGUUUCUUCGCAACUUGAGAAGCUCAUAUCUCAGAACUACUAUCUCAACCAGAGUGCCAAAGACGGUUACCGGUCUUAUCUGCACGCCUACGCGAGCCACAGCUUGCGUUCAGUAUUUGAUAUUCAUAAGCUGGAUCUAGCAAAGAUUGCUAAGAGUUUUGGCUUCUCUACCCCUCCUCGGAUCGACCUUACAUUAGGCGCAAGUAUGAGCAGAGAUAAGAAGACGCAGGGAAGAAGGGGUUACGGAAGUCAGCCGCGGCAGGGUCAGAAGUUCAGCAAGAGGCGGUAGCAUUGUUACCUAUGCUGGAAUAGGAAUUCGAUCAAUUAGGAGUUUUCGACCGUGGUUUUGCUUGUUAUGAUAUACCAGCUUCGUAUGUUUACAUAGGUCCAUGACACGG